AUGGCCGGUGGUGGCAAUCCAGCAGCCAAGAGGGUGGUGGUAUACCGGAACGGGGACCCCUUCUCCCCAGGCCGCCAGCUGGUGGUGAGCAAACGCCGCUUCCCCACCCUGGAGACCUUCCUCCGUGAGGUGACCUCGACUGUGCAGGCCCCGGUGGCUGUGCGGGCCCUCUAUACGCCUCGUGGUGGCCACCCUGUCACGGACCUGGCCGACUUGCGGAAUGGAGGGCAGUAUGUAGCUGCUGGCUUCGAAAGAUUCCGCAAGCUGCACUAUUUAUCCCCCAGACGGAAGGAUCCAGGUGGGAAGGGCAGCAGACUACCAGGUCCUCCUGUGACUCACCACCCAGGUGACAGGACCCUUGGACCGCGACCACCUGCGGGUUCCCCCUGCUACAUCCAUGUGUUCAGGAAUGGGGACCUGGUAAGUCCGCCAUUUAGCCUGAAGCUGUCCCAGGCUGCUGGCGAGGACUGGGAAACCGUGUUGAAGCUCCUGACUGAGAAGGCCAAACUGCAGGCUGGGGCUGUGUGCAAACUCUGCAGCCUGGAGGGGCUCCCACUGUCAGCAAGAGAGGCUCUGGUGAACGGCCAUUAUUAUGUGGCGGUCGGAGAGGAGGAGUUCCAGGCCCUCCCUUAUGUGGAGCUGCUGGUGCCCAGCCCCUCACCGCCCAGGGGCUGCUGGCACCCCCCAGACCCAAAGUCUAAGCCCCACAAGCCGCAGGCCCAGGGCCCCAGGGCACAGGCAUCCCAGCCCUCUCCAAAGGAACCAAGCCCCACUGAGCCAUCUGCUUUCUAUGCCAGACCCCAGCAGGCCAUUCAGCCAAGCAACAGGCUCCCCACGCUCUCAGUUCCCUCAGGAGUCAAGGGAGUGUAUGAGGCUCUCCACCCGAGGAAGGAGACAGCAGGGGCCCAGGAAGUGGCAGAUGAUGAAGACACCUGCACGGAGGAACCCUUGGAUCAGAGGGCAGCGCAGAUGGUGGACGAGGCCCUGUGCCUGGAAAAGCAGCCUGGGGCUGGGGCAGUGGUCUCAGCCUCAACCCCGUCUCUGCCACCUUGA